ACUUCAAACCUUCCUCCAGAAGCUUGGCAUUCUGAGAUGAUGGUGUCAGUGAGAGGUGAAUCACCUAGUACUGUAGAAGAAGAAAGAACAGAUGUAGAAACAGAUGUAGAAAUCAUCCCAGAAAUCAGAGAGCCACUGACCCUUGCAGAUGUGCUAAGGAUCUCUGCGGUUCUGGAGGAUACCACAAUUCAGCUCUCCAUUCUAAACUAUAUCAUGCCAGUUCAGUUUGAAAGAAAACAAAGCACCAGCAUGAAAAGCAAAGAAAUGAGUUCGGGAGGAAAAAGCCUAGACAAACUUCCGAUGGCCUCUAGUCCACUGUCACCUCAAGAAGGACCCAAGUUGCCAGAAAUCAGACAAGGAAGUCAAUUUACUGUGGAUUUUAACAAAAUGCAGGAUUUUGUCUUCAAAAAACCUACAAGGCAGACCAUAAUGACUACGGAGACACUGAAGAAAAUUCAGAUGGAUAGGCAAUUUUUCAGUGAUGUGAUUACAGAUACCAUUCAGGAGUUGCAAGAUUCAGGCACUUUCACCAAUCUCCUGCAAGCUUUGAGUACGGAGAGGGAAAACAAAAUGCAUUUCUAUGAUGUCAUUGUCAGCGAGGAAAAAGGAAGAAAAAAGAUAAAGUCUCUUCAAAAACAGCUAGUUAAUGUCAAAAAAGAGUGGCAGCUUGAAGUACAGAGUCGGAAUGAAUAUAUUGCUCACCUCAAGGACCAGUUGCAAGAGAUGAAGGCAAAAACCAACUUGGAGAAUCGCUAUAUGAAAACAAAUACCGAGCUGCAGAUUGCCCAGACCCAGAAAAAAUGUAACAAAGCUGAAGAGCUCUUGCUGGAGGAGAUUGAGAAACUAAGGAUGAAAACCGAAGAAGAAAACCAGAUUCACAUGGAGAUUGAAAUCUUCCUUAAAAAGGAGCAGCAGAAACUUGAGGAGAAGCUAGAGUUCUGGAUGGAGAAAUAUGAUAAGGACACAGAAAUGAAACAGAAUGAACUAAAUGCUCUCAAAGCUGCAAAGGCCAGUGACUUAACACACCUCCAAGACCUUGCGAAGAUGAUAAGGGAGUUUGAGCAGGUCAUCAUUGAAGAUCGCGUAGAGAAGGAGAGGAACAGGAAGAAGAUAGAACAGGAUCUCUUGGAGUUGAAGAGCAUCAUAAAGCUCCAAGCCUGGUGGCGAGGCACUAUGGUACGGAAGGAAAUUGGUGGUUUCAGACUCCCUAAGGACACAGACGACAGCAAGGAUUCAAAAGGCAAAGACAAGGAUAAGCGUAAAGGCAAGAAGUGA